GGGGGUGUUGGUACUUAAGGCUUGCUCUCUCUUUCGCCCCGUAAAGGAUGGUGGUUUUGAAGCGCUUGUGGCGAGAGCUGUAGGUUUUACACGCGUUCUGAAAAAAUGGUACCAGCUCAUCACCAUCCUCUGUUAAAUCUGUCGGGACAGAAGGAACGUUGCAGUGAAAAGGGUCAAUCGUCUCGGUCGUUAGUCGGCAGCAAUAAGUGGGAUAUUUUCCAGUCCGCUAAACUGGGACGAUUGGAAGAGUGUAAAAGAAUAAUCGACGCAGAGGGACCGGAGGUCUUGAGCCGUUUUGAUGCCAAAGGGUACACUCCUGCCCACUGGGCUGCCCUGAAUGGGUUUUCUGACCUCAUCCUGUGUUUCAUUGAGUGCAAGGGCGCAGUUAAUCUUUUCAGCCAAGCGGAUUUGGCACUGAGACCAAUUCACUGGGCAGCGGUGAACGGGCACAUUGCAGUUGUCGAUCUCUUGCUCCGGGCCGGAGUCCCGGUUGACUCGCCAGACCAAAGAGGAUGCACUCCUUUGAUUCUGGCAGCGCAGUUUGGGCACUCGGCCUUGUGCUGUUAUCUCAUGGGGAAAGGAGCCCGCCUGGACGCUUGUGACUGUGAAGGGGACAGUGCUGUGCACUGGGCUGCAUUUAAAGGCCAUUGUGAACUGACUCGAUUGCUAAUCUACGCAGGACUCAGCCCUACACAACCAGAUCAUUUUGGCCAGACUCCUCUGCAUCUGGCUGUUCUCAGUGGGGACUUGCUUACCGUGCAGCUGCUGUGUGAACAGGAUGGCGUAGAAUUGGAAACCCAAGAUAAAAAUGGCUAUUCCCCACUGAAGCUGUCCAGGGUUCGAAAACAUUAUGAAUUGUCAGAGUAUUUAGAAAACCUUAGAAAGCAAUCGAGGCGCCUUGUCCCAAAGUUUGACUGGAGUACUUUGGUAUUUGGCCCACCUGAGAAAUCAAAAGGUCCAAUACUUUUCUUGUACGGCUGUUUGCUUCUAUGGGGAUACCCUACCUACUUUCUAAAGAUUGUUUCUGUCUCCUUUAACAAGCUGUGGGAGUUUCAUAUGGCCUUCCUGCUUGGCAAUGCCCUGAUGUGGUUUCUCUUCCUGAAAGCUUCUCUGAUGGAUCCGGGUUUUCUUCCCAGAGACAGUAAGGAAUACAAUCGGGCCAUUAGACAGGCGGUGCACUUUGAAGAGUGGAAAGGGGGUAGGAACCCCCUAGAGAGACUGUGCCACACCUGUCACAUUGUAAAGCCCUUUCGCACGAAGCACUGCCGCGUCACCAACCGCUGCGUGGAGCAGUUCGAUCACUACUGCCCUUACAUCUAUAACGACGUGGGCCGCAGAAACAGGACUUACUUCUUGGGGUUCCUGAGUACCAUGAGCAUCAAUUGUUUCUUGGGAGUUUAUAUUUGCUGGGACUGGUUCCAUGUAAUGGGCCGCAGCAUUUUUGUAGGAGCUGGCUUCAUCUUUAUGGCAGCGAUAGGGGUCAUUUCUGGCUUAAUGGCAAUCGCUUGUCUUUACAUGGCUGCCGUCAACACGACCACUAACGAGUACUUCAACCAUCACAAAUACAGCUACCUCAGAGGAGGAGACGGCCGGGCCAGUCUGUUUGACAGAGGGGUCUUGAUGAACCUGCUGGAGUUCUUCCAUCUCGUCCGACCUCUCCACGAUGAAGAUCUGAAGACCUUGGAUGAAUUACGAAUCAUCUGAGGAAAAACUUAACAAUCGUGGAAGAUAAUCAGAAGACAGGAAGAGCUCCAAAUGGGGGGAGCCUAUUCUUCUCAUCCGGUUGGAUAACUGGUCAUCGCUAGUCAAGCCUCGAAACGAUCUUUCUACUUCCUGUAAAAUAUCAGUCUUUGUGCGUCAGGUCUCAGGAUGUACAGUAAAAUGAAACUGUAGCAGGUAUGUAACUUUCUCAGGAAUAUUCAAACACUCUGCUGCAAGGGAACUCUUUUGGAGAGGGGUGUUCAUUGCUCACUUGCUAGGGCUAUGCAGACAGGGCACUUGGACACGUGAUUGUGACAGCCAUCCAUCUGGGAUGAACUGUCUGGAUAAGCGGCUUGUUCCAGAUCCCAUCAUGCUUUGUGUGAAGCAGUGCCCACCUCUCUUCUGUCCUUAAGCGCAUCUCUUCUCAGGAUUUUAAACCUUUCCAUUUCAGCAUUCAGGCUGCUGUAAACUGGCAAUAAGGACAAAGCACAAGAUUUCACAGUCAUUGUGAACUGAUCGCAACCCUUAAGAUGCACAAAAAAACUUUUACAAAAAAGCAAAGUGUGGAAGAUACAAAAUCUGCAUUAUCUUAAUUCAAUUAUUGAUUAAUUAAAUUAUAUGCAUAUGAAGAAUGCACAUAGCGCACAUGCAUUCAUUGAGAUGGUUAUUGUAAGUUUAAAAUUUUGAUGCCGCCUUUCAGUUAAAGUAUUUUUGUGACAUCUGGAUGAUUCAUCAACAGGGACAAAGUAGUCUGACUCGAAUCGAAUACAAUAUGUCAGGCAGCCAGUGAGACAUUAAACGCAUUUGAAAAUACGGAUUCCAAAAAUGAUAUUUCAAAAGCUAUUGCCUAUUUGAAAAGGAUUACUAUGCAUUUAAAUAUUUUGAAAUUCAUGGAAUAUAUAGAUAAUCCGUCCACGGAUUUGAUUUUUGUGAAUUUUAGGAAAUUCGAAAAAUACUUUGGGUUUCAAAGUUGCCAUAUUUCUAAAAUACUUGAAUUUUAUGUCUAAUAAGAUUAUUGUUGAUGAAACAUAAAUUGUGAAGUUACUCUGGGUUAACAAAAGCCAUAUAUUUUAUGAAUAUCUACAGUACCUUAACUAAUAAACUGUGAGCACACAUUUAAAAUGUUGGAUUAUGCAUUUUUUCUACAUUAUUGAGGUUUAAACUUCAGUUACAUUUAACUCUUUCAUGUUUAAAAGACAAACCAAGUGUUUAGUUGGCUAGGACCUCUGUAGAAUUGGGUUUUUUUUUUAACGUACAAGUUUUAAAUGAGAACUGCCUUUAGAAUUAUUUUAAAAUGAACGUUUAAAAAAAGAAGAGCUGUUUUUUGUACAACUCAAAAUGAAAGCACAAGAUGUUGACAUACUGUACAGCAAGGGACAUGAAUUUACUGUAAGCCAGGAUCUCAACUGAAUGCAGUGAUUUAAAAUUCUGUUAAUCCUGAACGAAUUAACAAACAUUAUCCAAUUUAAAAGAGCUAAGAGGUGACAGUAAAUGGGGAUUCAGGUGGGUUGAUAUAGUGAAUACUGCUCUGUUAGCAAGUUCGUAAUGUAGCUGUCCCACAGAACAGUCAAGCAGGUACUGUGGGAAGAUCAAACAGAGUGACACUUCUGUCUCUUAUAUGCUGUACAAGUAGGGAUAAUUUGGGAAUGUGUAAUGGUCUGCAUGCUAUCAAAAAAUGGCUUGACAGUUUCUGUCAAGUGCAAUAAAUAGCUGGGAGGUCCAACUUAAAUACUGUUUCUCCACUGAAAAAAACAGUCAGAACCCAUUCAGCAAAAGGGCAUUUUAUAUUUUUUGUGAACUGUUAUGUAUGCUUACUGAUAUGUAUUGAUUUCCAAUAAAAUCUGAUUUU